CCCCGCUGCCUCCGCCUCCGCCUCCUCCUCUCCCUCCGCCAUGAAUGAAUCCGCUCUGUUCUCUUCUAUGUUUUUUUAUGAAUGAGUGCCAGAGUUUUCUGAAUGGAACUCCUGCUCGGCCCCGCCCCCCUCUGAUUAGCUCAGCCCCGCUCCCUCCCCCCCUCCUCCCUUUUUCCAUCGGGCUGGGCGUGGCCGGCGGGCGAGCGUUCUGAUUGGCUCCGACGCGCCAGGCUGGGACUUUUUUUCUCCCUUUUUUUUUUUUUUCUCAUUCACAAAAAAACUCAAUGAAACAAAAGGAGAACAUGGGGCGAAAUGUGAGACCAUGAAAGAGGAAACUCACCAAUCGGGGCCUCCCCUGGGCAAACAACUGUCUGAGCUGCGAGAAAAACAAGUCCUUUCAGAUCAGCACUUUAAAUCUGGGGCUGCAGGGCUCCCUCCCCCUCCCUUCCCUCCCCCGGUGAUUCCUCUCCUGCACAGCACAGAACACUGAGACCUUCCUGCACAACCUACCGAGACUGCCGAUCCUCCAUGACAACUCACAGUUAACAAAUGGACCAUAGGAUGAGAGGUUACCUGGAUCAGCAAGUGCCUUAUACCCUGACAAAUAACCCUCAAGGGCAUGGAGACGUAGACCGAUACUCUAUGGCCGGCCGGAAAAAAUUCAUGGAUGCAGAUCUCCCGCCCCAAGAAUCCGAAGAUCUCUUCCAGGAUUUAAGCCAAUUCCAAGAAACCUGGUUAACAGAAGCUCAAGUGCCAGACGGCGAUGAACAGUUUCUGCUGGACCUGCAGUCCGAGAACCUUGCCUUUCACAGCCCUCCGGUGAAAAUCAAAAAGGAACAGGCCAGCUCCUGUUCAGACCCCAGUGUUUCGUGUAGCCAGAAGCAGUUUCAAUACCGAAAUGGGGAGCAGUGCCUUUAUGCCAGUGCCUAUGACCAAACAGCAAGACAAGUCAACAUAAAGUCCCCAAAUCAGGGAGCUCAAGUGUCCCCAAUCCCUCACUUCUCCAGACAAGACAGAGGAUAUGUCAAUCCACAGGGCUCAUCACAACCUGUCCAGUCUGGAGGAUAUCUCAUAGAACAUGGAUCCCGGUACCAACAGCAGCUGCCAGAGAUGUGCCACUCCUUUCCAUCCACACAGAACAUGACUAGGGAGUCUCCGGCGAACUACCAACGCCAGAUGUCUGAGCCAUGUCUCCAGUAUCCACAGCAAAGCUUCAAACAGGAGUACCAUGAUCCAAUGUAUGACCAGGCAAACCGCGCCGGAACCAGCAGGCCUCACCGAUACCCAUCCAAUGUGAUCAUCAAGCAGGAGCAGACGGAUUAUGCCUAUGAUUCAGAUGUUCCUGGCUGUCAGUCCAUGUACAGGAACGUGGAAGGCUACCCAAACUUGGACGGUUACGGCUAUGAGAAGCCCAUGAGAAGUUUCACAGAUGACGCUUGUGUUGUACCAGAAAAAUUUGAAGCUGGCGAUAUCAAACAGGAAGUUGGCACCUACAGAGAUGGACCUCCAUACCAAAGACGCGGAUCCUUGCAGCUUUGGCAGUUCCUGGUGGCUCUGCUGGACGAUCCCUCGAACUCGCACUUCAUAGCCUGGACUGGUAGAGGCAUGGAGUUCAAGCUUAUAGAGCCAGAAGAGGUUGCCAGACUCUGGGGCAUGCAGAAAAACCGGCCAGCAAUGAACUACGACAAACUCAGCCGGUCACUGCGCUAUUACUAUGAGAAGGGAAUCAUGCAAAAAGUGGCCGGCGAGCGCUACGUCUACAAGUUUGUGUGUGAACCCGAAGCCCUCUUCUCCUUGGCUUUCCCCGACAAUCAACGUCCUGCCUUGAAAUCUGAGUUUGACCGACAAGUCAGCGAAGAAGACACCGUCCCCUUGUCGCACCUGGACGAAGGCGGCGUGUACCUCCAAGACGUGGGAACGGUUCCUUCCCAAAACUAUAAAGGCGGCUACCCUUACUAGA